AUGGCGCUUCGAUAUUCUACGGAGAUCAUGCGGGUUCAGGGAAUCGGCAGUCCGUACUCAUCUCUGGGGGAGCUCUAUAUACCUGAUCCAACCAACGCAUCCCGCCGCACCCUGAACACUGCACGCACCACACUGGGUUGGUCGGAGCUUCCAAGCGCCUUCCUCAACAUCAAGGCUUACCAAGACAAAGUCGGUGUGGGCUGCAGCGGCUGGGGAAUGGAUAUGAGCUUGCUCACGGUGCUGUACCCGGCUGUGUACUGGUUCCUGGGUAUUAUGCUGAUCCGCUACCUCUGCCGCGAGCCGUUCGCACGCUUUGGCAUCUACAUGGGCGUUGUCACAGAGAAAUCCACAUGCCACCAUCGCGGCAUUGCUUCCGGCAGGCGUGGCAUGGACUCCCUCUCGCCACGCGAUCGGAAAAAGAUCAUGAAGUUUCAGAACCAGAUGUGGCUGUCGAUGUUCUACGUUGCCUCCUCCUGCUUCGGUUACUACGUCCAGCGUGAUCAGCCCUGGUUCAAACUGCCGCUCGACGACGAGGCUAGCUUGCACCUCCUGCUGCCGCACCCGUACAACCCGCCAGAGGAGCUGAUCAUGUACUACCACUACGGUCUGGCCUUCUACUUUGCCGAGCUGUGCUCCCUCUUCAUCAUUGAGCGCCACAUGAAGAGGUCCGACUUUUUGGAGUACGUAGUGCACCACACCACGACGCUCCUGCUCAUUCUCUGCUCCCACAUUGGUCUCGAGCACCGCUUUGGCGCUUACGUGCUCUUCAUCCACGAUGCCUCCGACAUCAUGCUGUCUGUCAGCAAGUCCCUCCACUACAUGCGGCAGGAGAAGACUGCGCGUCAGGAUCCCCACAACACUAAGAACGCCGAGAAGGACAGCAAGGCGCCCCGGAAGUCGUUCCUGCAGAGGUACAUCGCAACAGAGAUGUGCUUAAACCUCUGCUUUGCCGCUUUUGUUGUGUUCUUCUGCUUCUUUCGACUCUACUGCUUGCCUUUUAUGGGCAAGGCAACAAUCCGCAUGUCCCCCAAGGUACGUCACGGAAACUUCAACAUGUGGAUGCUCGUCUUCCUGCUGAACGUGGCGCUGCAGGGGCUGCAUGUGUACUGGGCCGUCCUCAUCUUUGUUUUGGUACUGUCUAUGGCGAAGGGUGAAGAGCUAAAGGACAUCCGCUCUGACGAUGAAGAGGAUUCUGAGUGCCCCUCGUGUGCCCAUGAGAGGUUGCUGACGGAAUCGAACGGCCCCACCGCCGCUCAGGAAGGCAAAGGCAUGCAACACCGCAAUGUAACGCGCGAGCACACAGCCGCGCCGUCCUUGUCUUCAUCCCUCACGUCGACUCGCAACCGCUCGCAGCGCCGCGGCUCCUCCAAGCGGAAGGAAUAG